UUCCUUACUUUAGCUAAAACCGGCCCCCCCUCCCCUCCCCUCCCCUCCCUCUCUUGAUAAGGAACUUGCCUAGCUGCCUGACUAGAUCUUGAUGUGCAAGCUGCUCUCACCGAAACUUCUCCCGCCCUAACAUACACACUACACACUGCCUUGCAUAUUGAUACCUAUCUAUUGGUGAUAUUUUAUAACUUCUCCCGCCUACACCAUGGCCGCCGAAGCAGCUAUUCACAACGGGCCAUCCCGCAUUGAACGCCUGAGCCCGGAGGAUUUCGAGACGGCCUCUGUUCGCUCAGCCGCACCGUCUUACAUCUCCGAUGCGCCCUCCUACCACUCGACAAUCCCCCCCAACGAAAGCGUGCCCGCGUACACACCGCGGGACCAGCACGCCCCCCCCUCAUCCAUGCCGCCCCCCCCGCGCUACGCAUCCUCCUCCUCCUACUCCAUGCUCAACCCCUCCGCCCCUUCUCCCUCGCCAACACCCAUCCCCAUGACCUCCACCUUCGCCCCGGGCGCCGGCCUCCCACGGAUCCCGUCCCCACGACGCCGGGGCGGCGGCGGUGGUGGUAUAAGCAGUAGUAGCAUAGCAGCCGUCCCGCAGCUGAACCACUUCUCGAUCCCGUCGUGGUCCUCCAUGAACAGCAACCCCACCGCGCGUCUCUACCAGCGCGUAGCCCACCGCCGGGUCUCUGCCGCAGUCAAUGGGGGGCGACACAGCCACAACAGCAGCUGGGGAAGCAGCAGCAGCAGCAGCAGUAGCAGCGGGGCAGGGUCCGGCGUAGCAACGGCGAUGAUCGACCGCAUGAACGCGGUGGCAGCAGCAGCAGCAGCAGCCGACGACGACGACGCGGACCCGGAUAUGGUGCGCCGGCCGCUCGAGGACCCGUACCUGGUGGGCGAGGAGGCGGCGGCGAAGGCGCGGCGCGAGAGGCUGGCUCGGCAGAAGAAGCCCGGCGAGGAUGUGCUGUACCGCGAGGAGCAGCGGUGGGAUUGGCUUUUGGGCCAGAUGAAGGACUGGGACGAGCGAGACCGAAGCUGGACUAGUUUCGGCAGCCCCGUCGAGAGCCGUGGUAGACUUGCUCGUCGAUUCGGCCGGUAAAGGGGGACACGCAUACAUACCUAGACAACUGGCUACUCUGUUGCACUCGUAACAUGCUCCACAGUUUUUUUUUUCAGUUUUUUUUUUUUUUUUGUUCUCCGCCCCCAUCCAUCUAGGGAAGGGCCUUUGAUGCCGAAGACGACGAAGAUUGGAAAUACGCUGCAUUCUACUUCUGUUCACUCCUUUGGGGAUUGUUGAUUGCUUCUCACACGAUACGCAUUGGGCGGCGCUACUACUAUUUUGGUGUUAUUCGGGGCACAUUAGAUCGGUUCAGGUUAUCAGAUAUUACAGAGGUCUAGCUUUUACUCGGGUCUUCAUACUUGGGGUUUACAUGAGUUAGAUGAAAGGACGGUAACUGGGUAUGAGGGAUCACGAGAUAUGUCUGGCGGGAAUUCAUUUAUUUCUUUCGCUCCUUC